GUCCAGUGGCCGCGCUCCGGUGCGGCGGUGCUCAAGGGCCAAGGCGGAAGUGGGGCCGCCACCUGGCAGGGGGGAGGCCAGACAGGGGCGCGAGGUUGGCGGCCGGGGGGCACCGACCAGGAGGCGCGGGGCUCACUAAGGGGGCGUGCACGGCGACCGGCCCCCCCUCUCCCCCCCGGGGAGAAGGCAGGGCAACGCCAGGCGCAGGGGCCCGUGGUCCAGGCAUCCAGCCUGGAAGAUGAACAAGAGGAAGGGACCUCCGGGACCCCCGGGCCGAGGCGCUGCAGCCGCCCGCCAGCUGGGGCUCCUGGUCGACCUCUCCCCGGACGGCCUGAUAAUGCCAGAGGACGGAGUCAAUGAUGAGGAACUGGAGGCCGAGUUCCUGGCCCUGGUGGGAGGCCAGCCCCCAGCCCUGGAGAAGCUCAAAGGCAAAGGUCCCCUGCCCAUGGAGGCCAUAGAGAAGAUGGCCAGGCUGUGCAUGCGGGACCCGGACGAGGACCAGGAGGAGGGGACGGACGAGGAGGACGUGGAGGCCGACGAUGACCUGCUGGCAGAACUGAAUGAGGUCCUAGGCGAGGACCCCAAGGCCUCGGAGCCCCCGCCGCCAGUGACCCAGCCCAAGCCCGCAGCCCCCAGCCCAGGCGUGGGAGCCACCUUGCAGGAAAGACUUAGGCUCUACCAGACGGCCCUGGAGAGCGCCAGGCAGGCCGGGGACAGCGCCAAAAUGCGGCGCUACGACCGAGGGCUUAAGACGCUGGAAAGCCUGCUGGUUUCCUUCCGGAAGGGCGAUGCCAUCGACGAAGGGGACAUCCCGCCGCCAGUGGCCCUAGGGAAGAGCCCGGGGGCCGCUCCUGGCCACACCCCGGCCCCCGCCCAACCCGAGUCCAGGCUCACCCUGGAAGCGCCUGCACCCAGCGCUCCAGCCACCUCUUCGGGCUCUGUCAAGCCCCAGCUGCCUCCAGCUCCGAGUCCCUGCAGCCCCGGCCCCCUAGCCCAGCUGCAGAGUCGCCAGCGCCAGUACAAGGCGGCCGCGCUGCACGCCAAGCAGCAGGGCGAUAUGGCCGCCGCCACCAGAUACUUCCGCGUGGCCAAGAGUUUUGAUGCUGUCUUGGAGGCGCUGAGCCGAGGGGAGCCCGUGGACCUGUCCCGCCUGCCCCCUCCUCCUGACCAGCUGCCCGAAGACCCGCCGUCACCAACACAGCAGGCUCCGCCCCCUGCCGCGGCACCUGCCUCCCCAGAGGUCCCCUUGCCCCCGCGGACCCUGCUGGAGGCCCUGGAGCAGCGGAUGCAACGCUACCAGGUGGCCGCGGCCCAGGCCAAGGGCAAAGGCGACGCGCGGAAGGCGCGCAUGCAUGAGCGCAUUGUCAAGCAAUACCAAGAUGCCAUCCGGGCCCACAAGGCCGGCCGAGCCGUGGCGGUGGCCGAGCUGCCCGUGCCCCCAGGCUUUCCCCCGAUCCAGGGCCUGGAGGCCACGGAGGCCGCCCCGCCAAGCCUGGUGGGUGUCCUGGCGACUGCCAUGAAGCUGGCCAACCAGGCCGAGGGCCCGGAGGACGACAACGACGACGGUGAUGAUGGCGACGGUGACGAAGCAUCCAAGAAGAGGCAAAGCAGCCCUGCGGCCCCCACAGCCCAGCCCAGGGCCCCGCAGCCGGGCCCCGCGCCGGCCCCCAAAGCAGCCCCCAAAGGCGCAUCCACCAGAGCCCAGCAGCAGCUCGCCUUCCUGGAGGGCCGCAAGAAGCAGCUCCUGCAGGCGGCGCUGCGAGCCAAGCAGAAGAACGACGUGGAGGGCGCCAAGAUGCACCUGCGCCAGGCCAAGGGGCUGGAGCCCAUGCUGGAAGCCUCCCGCAACGGGCUGCCCGUGGACAUCGCCAAGGUGCCACCUGCCCCGGUCAACAAAGAUGACUUCGCCUUGGUCCAGCGGCCUGGCCCGGGCCUGUCCCAGGAGGCCGCCGGGCGCUACGGGGAGCUCACCAAGCUGAUUAGACAGCAGCACGAGAUGUGCCUGAAUCACUCCAACCAGUUCACCCAGCUGGGCAACAUCGUGGAAACCAGCAAGUUUGAGAAGUUGGCGGAGGACUGUAAACGGAGUAUGGAGACGCUGAAGCAGGCCUUCGCCCGGGGCCUCCCCACGCCCAUCGCCCGCUUCGAACAGAGGACUUUCAGCGUCAUCAAGGUCUUCCCGGAUCUCAGCAGCAACGACUUGGUCCUGUUCAUCCUCAAGGCCAGCAGCUUGCCCACGCCCCCAGGGUUGUCCCCAGGUGACCUGGAUGUCUUUGUCCGCUUCGACUUCCCUUACCCCAACGUGGAGGAAGCCCAGAAAGACAAGACCAGCGUGGUGAAGAACACGGACUCCCCCGAGUUCAAGGAGCAGUUCAAACUCUGCAUCAACCGCGGCCACCGCGGCUUCCGGAGAGCCAUCCAGACCAAGGGCGUCAAGUUCGAGGUGGUGCACAAGGGCGGGCUGUUCAAGACCGACCGGGUGCUGGGGACAGCACAGCUGAAGCUGGACGCCCUGGAGACGGCAUGCGAGGUCCGGGACGUCCUUGAGGUCCUGGAUGGGCGCCGGCCCACAGGGGGGCGGCUGGAGGUGAUGGUGCGGAUCCGGGAGCCGCUGACAGCCCAGCAGCUGGAGACGACGACCGAGCGGUGGCUGGUCAUUGACCCGGUGCCCUCGCAGGUAGCCGGGCCCAAAAGCAAGGCUCCUCCUGUGCCUGCCCCGACGAGGGAGCUGGGGAACAGCAGGUCAGCCCGGCCUCUACACAGCCUCAGCGUGCUGGCCUUCGACCAAGAGCGCCUGGAACGGAAGAUGCUGGCACUCAGGCAGGCGCGGCGGCCGGUGCCCCCGGACGUGGCUCAGCAGUACCAAGACAUCGUGCAGCGGAGCCAGUGGCAGAGGGCGCAGCUGGAGCAGGGCGGCCCGAGCAUCCGGCGGGAGUACGCGGCGCAGCUGGAGCGGCAGCUGCAGUUCUACACCGAGGCCGCCCGGCGCCUGGGCAACGACGGCAGCAGGGAGGCGGCAAAGGAGGCGCUGUACAGGCGGAACCUGGUGGAGACCGAGCUGCAGCGGCUCCGCAGGUGAGGGCCCGACGCCCCAUCCUCCUCGUCGUCCCCACCCCGGUCAACGGGGCCACCGAGCAGACAAUCAGCGGACAAUCGGUUCUGGACUCCUCUCACCCCACCCCUCCCUGCCCCAGGCCCCCAGCCCAGGCAGAGCCGCUGGGCCGGCGGGCAGCCGCGGAGAGUCCUGUUUGCACAGCCCAGGAGCCGGGAGGGCGCCUGGGACCAAAGCCCCUAGGGCCCCUGCGAGCACUUUACCCCCUGGCCCUCCUGGACCCCCCAAAGAAGCCGCUGAGCCUGGCUGAGCCCCCCCAACCCCCGCCUUGGCUGCCGAGGGGGGGUCUCCUGGCCCAGCUCGGACCACCAGGGUCCACAGAACACAAUAAAGAGCCCGGGGUGCACCCA